AUGGCCGAGGAGACCUUGUUUCAGCUGCUCCACACCGAGCUGGUGACCCGGGCCGCCCGGCGGGACCGGGACCCGCAGGGGGAGCAGCGACCAGCGCUGACCACCCUUGAGGGCAUGGGCUUCCGUGUGGGCCAGAGCCUCGCCGAGAGGCUGCCCAGGGAGGCCGCGCUGUUCCGAGAGGAGCUGGACGUGCUGAAGUUUCUGUGCAAGGAGCUGUGGGGAGCCGUCUUCCGGAAACAGAUCGACAAUCUGCGCACCAACCAUCAGGGGACCUACGUCCUGCAGGACAACCGCUUCGCCCUGCUGACCCAGAUGGCCAACGGUCACCAGUAUCUGGAGGAGGCCCCCAAGUUCCUCGCCUUCACGUGUGGUCUGGUUCGUGGGGCCCUGAGCACGCUGGGCAUCGAGAGCGUGGUGACCGCUGACGUGGCCCUGCUGCCCGCUUGUAAAUUCCAGGUGGUGGUCCAGAGACGGUGAGCUGCUGAGGCCGGCCCUUCCCCAACCGCCCUCCGCCCCUCGUCUCGUCCAUCCAUCUGUCCCUUCCCCUCUCUUCUCCUCCCGGCCCCAUCCCCGGGGCAGCUGCUGAGGCCGUGAGGAGGCCGGAAGCCCUGCCGGGAAGAUUUUCCUUUCCCUCCAUCCGGGGACCAGGGUGGCUGGUGGAGACCGCAGCCCCCGGAAUGCAAUGCUGCAAUCAGCCCAUGGCCACGGAGCACGUUGCGUGCUGGGACACAUGAGCCUGAGACUGCUCGGCCAGCAACCGCCAGCGUCUGCACCGCGCGGCUCCGUCUACCUCAGGAGUUCGUGGGGACCACGGGGAUCCGCGCGGGGUCUCGGUGCAGGGUGAGGGGUCACAGGGGAGCCCGGGCUCCCUCCAGCCGGUGUCUCAAUAAAGUUCGUGCUGCUAGUUGU